AUGGAGGACCGAUCAACUGGAGCCUCCGGCUCGCCAUCUCCUCAGCCAGACCUGCACCGGAACCGAUUGCCGACUCUGUUUGAGGUCUUGAGCCGUCGAACUCUGCCGCCCGUCGACCUUUUCUCUUUCUACAUUUUCAUGAGAGAUCAGCAAAAAUCCGUCGAUUACCUCGAUUUCUGGCUCGAUGUUGCACAGCACAUGUCCUUGUGCCGCCACUAUGUGCGCGAACUUCGCAGAUCCGUCCUGGUUGGCACGCCCGACUUGGAUAAGUCAGGUUCCAAGCGAUCUUCCCAGAUCUUGGAUGGACUUGGUGACAUGAGCCAUUCCGCCGCUGGCCCAUCGAUGUAUGCGACUGAGAAGGAGAAGAACCAAGAUGCCCAAAUGUCGGCCUACCUGAGAGAAGAGGCCCAAGACUCCCCUCAAAGCAGCACUGGAGAGCAUCGCAGCCGUCCCAGUGGGGCUUUCAGCACCCCGCGCGAUCUUACGACGGAUUCCAACUCUCCCGCACACACUGUCGCGAGACAAGACAUCCGGGCAUCGGCGGAGAAGAUCCUCUACACGUUCCUCCUUCCGGGCGCCGAGCGUGAGAUCAUUCUUCCGGGUUCCAUUACUCAAGACGUCACGACCUCCAUUGAGGACUUUGGUAGAGACGAUCCAGAGGUGUUUGACGUUGCCAAGGACUACGUCUUUCAAGCUAUGGAACGCGAUGCCUUCCCCAACUUCUUGAGAAUGAAGGCCCUUGGCAACCUCAUCCCGACGACUCUUCAGAUCAGAAUGAUUGUUGGUCUUCUGGCCAUGUUUGGUGGCUUCUGGGCUGCCUUCAUUCUCAUCUUCCUCAAUGCCCCUCGAACUACCCGAUGCUGGCUGAUUCUUCCGUUCACCGUUGGUGUCUACUUCCUCGCAUCAUACCAGUACUCUCUGGACCCCGUCCUCGCUCUCAUAGGCCUCAGCGAGUACACGCCGUUCAACUUCUCUCGAAUUCGUGAGCCCUACGUUCGUAAGCUCCUUGCUAAGCGGUCCAUCAUGGUCCUUGCCGUCACAUUUUUGAUCGACGCUGCGCUCUGUGUGCUUUUCAUCCUUGUCCCCGGCAAACGGCUGUAA